AUGUCCGAACCAGUAAAGCAAGUUGAAAAGAAGACUGUUGUCAAGAAGACAGUUGUAGCAAAAGUACCUGCUGUCAAAAAGACUAUUGAAAAAAAGACACCUGCCGUUAAAAAGACUAAUGCAAAGACAGUUGUCAAAGCAGACGACAAAACUAAGACGGCCGAGGCUGCCAAAGACACCAAGCCAAAGUUGACACAGGGACAAAAGUUAUUAAAAAGCAUGACAGCACAAAAGGCAGCUAGAAAGGCCUUGAUGAAGGGCGUUGCUACGACUCAUGUGUCCUUUGAUGAUGAAGGAAACGAAGCUAAAGUAGAAACUGUCAUUCAAAAGACCGAAACACCAGCAGUUACAAGAAAAACAAAUAAGAGCAGACCUGCUGUUAAGAAGCCUGCACCCAAGAAACGUAAGGCUGGAGAGGAAGUGGGAGAAGAGGAGGAACUUUUGUUAGUGGAGGAAAAGGUCGAGAAAAAGGUGGAUGAUAAUAAGAAACCACCCAAGAAGGCAAAGAAGGCAAAAAAGAGUAAAAUAGAGAUUGAAGAGACCAAGAAGGAUUCCAAGCAAGAAGAAGCACUUGCUUAUGUUCGUACUUUUGUCAAUGAUCGUGAUGCUUGGAAGUUUAAAAAGGUUCAACAAAUCUGGCUUCUUUCUAAUUUAUAUGAGAUCCCUGAAGAAGAUUUUAGCAAUGUAUUGGAGUAUUUAAAGGAUCUUCAAGGAUCAGCACGUGAGAAAGCUAAAAAGGAGGCACAAGAAAAGCUUCCCCAAAAGGAAGAAGUUAAAAGCAACACUUUGACAGGCUAUGCUAAUGUAGCUGGUAACGAUGAUGAUUUUGAUGCAGAAAAGUUAUUAGCGCAAGCUUCCAUGGCACCCGUUGUUGUUGAGGAAGAGAUAGAGGAUGAGGAUGAAACAGCAGAAAUUAAGCGUGCAAAAUUAAUUAUUAACGUUCUUGGAUAA